UACGUCCCUUGUCUCUUGGCCCCUCGUAAAGUAUAUCCGCUUCCCGUAUGAAGUGCAGGCUGAGAGCAACCAAAGCCUACUGGGCCGGCGCCUGCUUCUAGCUUCUUGCUUGGCCAUUCUGCUUGCGAAGUGUUGCUGGGCAGGGGGUGUGAAUCUACUCAGUCUUCUACUCGAGCUGCUUCUAAUAAGAGCGAGCGGGGAGCUGUACCUGCCCUGGAAAUGACUGCUUCCCGGGCAGGGACCCCGAACUGGGCGCGGAAGUGUUUGUGUGCGACCAAUGCGACAAAAUAGCUGCCAGGUUGACGUAACAAACUUUUGGUAGUUGGGGAUUAUAAUGCUCCAUGGCAACAAUCCCCAGGAUACACAGCCAACUCCAAAGACAAACUCAGGAAAUGAUGGAGACCAGCAAAGGACUCAAAAAACUACUCCACCAUCUCCUGCACAGUCGUUUACACCAACAGUCAGCUCACCUGCACCACAGUCGCCGAGUUACCAAAUCCAGCAUCUCAUAAUGAGUAGGAAUUCGAUGCCUGGUCAGAAUGUAAAUAUCACUCUACAGAAUGUAGGUCCUGUGGUGGCAGGUAGCCAGCAGAUAACACUUACUUCAUUGCCAAUAACAAGUCCGGCUUCACCAGGCUUCCAGUUCAACACACAGCCCAGAAGGUUUGAGCAUGGUUCUCCAUCUUACAUCCAGGUUACCUCACCAGUGUCUCAACAGGUUCAGACUCAGAACUCUACACAGCCCAAUACUGUACCUAUACAAGCACUACAGGGUGUCCGAACAGGAACUUCAUCAGGCAGUUUGGGUAUGUGUAGUCAGAGCCCCACUCGUGGUUUUGUGGAUGCUGGUUUACUGGUGAGGCAGCUUAGCCUUGGCCCUUCUAAUACUGGAACUUUUGUUAUUCAGGAGGGUUCUGGAAUAACACAGAUUGCACAAAGUGCACAGGUGCAUCUUUCUCCAGGAACUUCUACAGUCCCAGCACACAAUCUGCUUCACUCCAAUUCACAGGCUGUUGGCUCUGUACAUCAGUUUGGUUCACAGAAUUCUGUGGCAGGCUCAGUACAAUCUCCAUUGACUCCAACCCACUUAUCUGCCAACUUUUCGCAGCAGCUAAGCAGUAUUAUCCAGGGUCAGCUUAUGCAACAGCAGCAGCAGGUACUCCAUGGACAGCAGGUUAGCAGAACAUUUAGCUUUGAUGGGACUUCUGGUGGGAUGAUAGCUGGUGUUGCUGGUACAUCAGCUUUUGGAAUAACGCCUGCAGCUGCUCCAACAAGUCCAUCAAGAACGACCGGUCCUCAGGCACUUUCUAGUCUUCCCUUAACUACAAUCAUGGGCACCACAUUGAAAAAGCAAACAAAAAAGCUUGAGGAGAUACCACCUGCUACUCAAGAAUAUGCUUUACUAAGGAAGCUUUGUUUAGAUCAUCAUCACCAACAAAUGCAAGCCCUAAAGGAUACCUAUACUGAAUAUUUGAUAGAACUUUUCUUCCUGCAACAUUGUCAAGGCAACAUGAUGGAUUUUUUGCCCUUUAAGAAAAAACGCAACAUCUAUCAGAACUUUCUUAGACAAAAUGACUUGGAUUUAGAAGUAGAUGAGGAGGAAGCAGAGAAGAAUUCCACUCAGGCUAUAUAUAUUCAGACUCCAGAUCCUCCUGUAAGUUCAGUAAUAGAGACUCCAGCUGACAAGGAAAUCCAAGCUUCCAAUAUCCUGAAGGAAACUGCAAGUGAUCCAGCAAUGAAGCAGCCCCAAUCACCAAUGGUAACUCUUGGUCUUCCUCUCCUUCCACCUGUUACAGGCCGAAAUGCCAUGGAUGCUGGAAUGUCUCCUUCUAAACAGACUUCUGCUUCUGUUGCUAACAAACAAAAUGACCCAGCAAAGGUUUCCAUGUUACAGAAUGUUGCCGGGGCACAAUCUCCAUUCAGGACCCAGCUGCCUACAGCAUCAGUUUCUUCUGUGCAGGCUACAAUGCAUCUUGGACAACAGCAACAUCUUAUUACAGAUGCCCAGUCCCAGACAAUAGCAAAACAACAGUCUCCUGGCAUUGUCAGUCAACCACCGUUGCGCACCCAAAGCUCUCAGCCAUCUCAAGAAAGGAUGAUUGACCAUUUUUCCUCCUUGAAACAGCCUCCAGUGCCGGCAUCAGCAUCGAAGAUGGGCUCAGACUCUGUAAAAACCACAGUUCCUGUAGAUUUGAAACCUGCUCCUUUUACAUCCUCUUCACCCAGCAUUCCUGAAUCUCUACCACCUUCUGUGGCUGUUUCACCAAAGAGGAUUUUAUCACCUGGUGCCAGCAAAGCAUUAUCUCCUUCCUUACGGUCUCCUGGUUUGGCAAGGCCCCAGUCUCAGGAACCUCAGAGCCUUGCACCAGUUCCUGAGGAUGCUCAGCAAGAAGCUCUUAUUCCAAAACCAGUAGAACAGGAAAGUUCUAUCCAUCAGCAAAUUGCAGAGCUGCGAAAGGAAGGCAUGUGGUCACCAAGAAGAUUGCCUAGACUUCAAGAGCCUUGCAGAACUAAAUCUCACUGGGACUAUCUUUUGGAGGAAAUGUCAUGGAUGGCUGCAGAUUUUGCCCAAGAGAGGUUGUGGAAGCAGGCUUGUGCUAAGAAGCUGGUCAGAACAGCUGCUAGGCAUUGCCAGGAGAAACAGCAGAAGGAUACCAGAGCCAGGAAGGAGGAUGAAGAGCGAUUACGUUGCAUAGCAUGGUUAGCAGCUCGGGAAAUACAGUACUUUUGGUCAAAUAUUGAACAGGUGGUUGAGAUAAAACUGCAGGUGGAAUUACAAGAAAGGAUGAAAAGAGCAUUGUCCGCGCAAAAAAAAAGACACAAAGGUAUUGAACCUAAAAAGCUUGAGUCACAGAUUAAUGUGGACACAGCUGUUUUGGGGACCAAGAUAAAUGCAGAGAGUUCCAAAGUGGCGAAUAAUGAGAAUGCUGUGAAUGCAGAUGCAAACCAGAAAGCUAUAGUUUCUAUUGAGGCCCUUUUGACUAUUGAAGGAACGAAUACAGCUCAGUCAGGAUCAAAAAAACAUAGCCGUGACAUUGCUGAGGUUGCUGCUGCUGCUGAACUUCUACUUCCACGGGGCAGCUCUCGCAUCUCGUGUGUUGUGAAAACCAGCUAUCUCCCUCUUCUCCAUGGCACCCUCCGAGACUACCAAAACGUUGGGGUGGAAUGGUUAGUAAAGCAGUAUAAGAAGAACCUCAAUGGUAUCCUGGCUGAUGAAACAGGACUUGGGAAGAACAUUCAAGUGAUUGCACUGUUUGCACAUCUGGCCAGUAAUGAAGGAGUAUGGGGACCCUACUUAAUUGUAGCACGCAGCUAUAAGAUAUUAAAAUGGGAAUUGGAACUCAAACGCUGGUGUCCAUCUCUAAGGAUUCUUUUGUAUUUUGGCAGUCAGAGUGAGCUCAGAAGAAAGAGACAGACAUGGAAUGAACCAAACAACUUUAAUGUUUGUAUUACCUCAUACAAGCAAUUCUUCAAGGGCCAUAAGGCUUUCAUGAAAAUGAGGUGGAAAUAUCUAGUUCUGGAUGAAGUACACCAGAUCAAAAACAUGACAGAAAAGCAUUGGGAAGCCAUCCUAAAUUUACCAAGUCAGCGCCGACUGCUUCUCAGGGACAACCCACUGCCCCACACAUGGAAGGAACUGUGGACCAUGGUGCACUUCCUCAUUCCCGGCUUGUCCAGGGCAUACUUGGAUUUCCCAGUGAAGGACAGUGAUCAAGAUCAUGACUACAGACACACAAUUUCUAUUCGAUUGCACAGGUCAACACAACCAUUCAUACUACGUCGGUCCAAGAGAGAUGUAGAAAGGCAAUUAACAAAGAAAUCGGAGCAUAUUCUCAAGUGCCAAUUGUCUAACCGCCAGCGAAACCUAUAUGAAGAUGUUAUGAUGCAGCCCGGGACACAGGAUGCUUUGAAAGGAGGACAUUUUGUCAGUGUUCUCCAUGUUCUAAUGCAAUUGCAAAGAAUUUGCAACCACCCAGAGCUAGUGGAUCCCCGCCCUAAACACUCUUCUUAUGCUUCUGAAGCUAUUAAAUACAAAACAGCAUCUCUGAUCCUGCGUGCAUUGCUGCAUGAUCCAUGGAAGAAUAUGGACUUGGCCUCAUUUCUUUUGAUUGGGAUGGAGAAUAAAAUGACUCGUUAUGAAGCACAAGAGCUUCCUAAGCAGAAAGUGACCAGGAAAUUGAUCCAGGAGAUCUAUAAUUCUCCAGAUCCAAGUGUUAAACCCAGUCAUGUUAAAAUCAAACCAAGCAGGUUGUUUGAGCCAGUUCUGUAUGGUCAAAAACCAGAAGGACGGACAGUUACUUUCCCAAGUGCUUCACAGACCAACACAGUAACUCCAACAACGACCGCUGUCUCCCAGCAAGGACAAGUUAGGCGAUCACCAGUCACAACACUUGCUGUACCUCAGGGAGCUAAAGCACCAGUCACUCAGGGUCACAUCCCCCAUAUGCAAGUGGGAGCCCCAAGACCUCAAGCUCCAGCUGCUUUUGCCACAGCUGCACCUGUAAGGCAGCUAAGUCAGCCGCCCCAGCAGAACAUACCAUCCCCAAGGCUGGUUCUCAGCUCUCAGGCAAGAUUGCCAACUGGGGAACUUGUCAAGAUUGCUCAGUUGGCCUCUACUGGAGGAGCUCAAGGCAGAGUGACACAAGCUGAGACUCCAGUUACUUUGCAGUUUCAAGGGAACAAGUUUACUCUAUCCCAGAGUCAGCUACGCCAGCUCACUGCUGGUCAACCACUACAGCUACAUGGUAAUGUUCUGCAGAUUGUUUCAGCUCCAGGGCAGUACCUCCGUCCACAAGGUUCAGUUGUGCUGCCAACCAUGCCACAAGGUACAGCAACAAAUACUGUACGAAACCAGCAUCCUGUGGGAGCUUCCCUUCCCAGCACAGUGUCAACAACAGGACUUGUUGCAGGGAGGAAUGUGCAGGCUUUUUCUACAGCUGCUGAUUCUGUGCCCAAAACUGCUCAGGCUGUAGUGUGUCCAGCUCAGGAAUCUGCAGAAGAAAAACAGCGUGUGGUAAAAGAGCGCCUGGACCUUCUUUUCUAUUGUAAUGAGCUACGUUGUGCAAGAGCACCUGUCUACGGAACAGACCUAUUAUCUUUAUGCUCCUUAAACUCUUCUCGGCCUAUUUCACUGGACACAGUAUGGAGCUGGACUGGUUCAGUGAACUGCUUCCUUUCAUCUCUGACCCCUGAGUACUCAAAUGAUCUUCUACAGCACCUUAUUCUGUCCCAUGAUCAACAGAAAGCAGCAUUGGAACCUCUUGCUAAAAGUGCUCUUUGUGUGGUCCCACCAGUAGUUGCUGCACCUCCAGUUCUGACUGCACCGAACCCUCCUGCUGCGUACGUUCAUAGCUUAAAGAUGCUAGAACAUGGUCUGCGGGAUCAGCUUGCUCCUAUUUUACAUAAACUGAGGGAGAGAACGACUCCUGACUGCUUGCCUUUUCCUGAUCUUAAACUCAUCCAAUCUGACUCAGGAAAGCUGGAUUCCCUUGCUGUUCUUCUCAGGAAGCUGAGGUCUGAAGGCCGGAGGGUUCUUAUCUUUUCCCAAAUGCUUCUGAUGCUGGACAUCUUGGAGCUGUUUCUGGACUUCCAUUCUCUGACCUUUCUGAGGAUUGAUGAUCAUGCCAACUCUGAGCAGUGCCAAGACCUGAUGAAGACUUUUAAUAAAGACCAACGCAUCUUCUGUGUUCUCUUGUCUACUCACAUUCCCAGUCUGGGGGCAUACCAAGUGGAGGCAGACACAGUUAUAUUUUAUGACAGUGAUUUGAAUCCUGUUAUGGAUGGAAAAACUCAGUCUUGGUGUGACCUUGUUGGAAGAUCAAAGGAUAUACAUGUAUACAGACUUGUUAGUGCUAACUCAAUAGAAGAAAAAUUACUGAGGAAUGGAACUAAGGAUCUCAUCAGGGAAGUGGCUGCUCAGGGCAGUGACUAUUCCCUGGCUUUCUUAACACAGCAAACUAUCCAGGAGCUUUUUGAGGUCUGCUCUCCUUUGGAAGACUCAGGAGUAAAAGCUGAAGAGUUUGUUCUACUAUCUCAGGAACCAUCACCUUCUGAUACAAUCACAGCUAAGGUUGCAAAACCAUUUGUGGAGGCUCUAGUUAAGAUUGAGUGCAUCAAGGAGGAUAUUACUGACCCAGUGGAAAAAGAUCCAAAUCCCACUACUGGUAUCAGCCAUGCUGAUAACAGCGAGCUAGGUGAUCCUCCAGGGCCUUCCCAGUUCCAGGAACUCGUUGAACUUAUGCAGCAGCUGACUCCCAUAGAGAAAUAUGCCCUGCAUUACCUGGAAUUAUUCCAUGUCCAAAAAGCUGAAGACCAUGAUGAAUGCACUGAGGAGAAGUUAAACACUGCCAAAAGGGAGUGGGACUCUAAACAUCUGCGAGAACUUAAAGAGAGGGAGGAGAUGAUGCAGUGGGAAACAGAAGGGGAAGAAGAGCUACUGACUUACACUCGGGAAGAUGCAUAUAACAUGGACUUUAUUUAUGAUGGACCAGAUGGACAGACUGAAAUAAUGCCGGUGUGGACUCCACCAACCCCACCACAAGAUGAGAAUGACAUUUACAUAGAUUCAGUUAUGUGUCUAAUGUAUGAUACCAAUCCCAUCCUGGAGUCUAAACUUCCUCCAGUUUAUAUGAGAAAGGAGCGUAAGCGACAUAAGACUGAUCCUGCUGCUGCAGGUCGCAAAAAGAAGAUGCGACAUGGAGAAUCAGUGGUUCCACCUCGAUCGUUGUUUGACCGGGCUGCGCCAAACCCUCUUAAAGUGCGUAAGGAGGGCAAGGAACAAAAGAAAAACAUACUCUUAAAACAGCAAACCCAGUUUGCAAAACCUCUUCCAACUCUUAUUAAGCCUGUAAUGGAAUCUGGGCCAGAUAAUCCAGAAUGGUUGAUUAGUGAAGACUGGGCUCUUCUGCAGGCAGUGAAGCAGCUUCUAGAACUACCUCUUAACCUCUCAGUUAUGUCCCCAGCUCACACACCCAACUGGGAUCUUGUGAGCGAUGUGGUGAACUCCUGUAGUCGAAUCUACCGAUCAUCUAAGCAGUGUCGCAGUCGCUAUGAGAAUGUCAUCAUUCCAAGAGAAGAAGGAAAAUUGUUGUAUGAUGUCAGUCCAAAGAAGAAGUCUGAAAACAUAUUUAAGACCAAACCUUUGCGGACUAGCCAGAUCUAUGCACAGGAUGAAGGUACGACACGCAUUCAGUUGUUUGCUACCCGAUUCGAACUUAUGAAGAUCAUCGUAGGAAAAAGGAGUCAGCCUAGCAAACCCCUACUUGGAGGAAAUCCUUUCCAGAAGAACCCCAAACAUGCCUCAGUCCUGGCAGAAAGUGGCAUCAACUAUGACAAACCCCUUCCCCCAACUCAGGUUGCUUCAUUACGUGCAGAUCGAAUAGCAAAGGAGAAAAAGGCUUUAGUAGAACAGGCUCGAGCACAACAGCAGUCUGGUCCAGCACAACAGCAACCUCAGCAAAAUGGGCAACAAGCAUCUCCAACAGCAGCAGUGCAGCCAGUGCAGAGCCAAGCCCAACAACUUGCUGUUACACAGUCCCAGGUGAUAGUACAGCAGCAGCCAGCAACCAAGGUACUCAGUACGAGCACAACUCCCAUCUCCAGCCCAGCACUGCUGACUGGUGCCAUCAAGACUGCAGUGCCUGGAACUACCAUAGCUACAGGAACCGUCAGCGGGAGUUUGGUUGUGUCUGGGGUGCCCCCUGCUACCUUCCAGCCAAUUAACAAGCGUCUUGUGUCCCCAGUGGUAACUGCCACUGCUUCUACUACUCCAGCAUCUACUGCACAAAUGCUCCAGCAGAGAACAGCAGCCACGGCAACGCUCCCCACUGAGAUGGUUACCAUUGCAACUAGCCAGGGGGUACGAGCAGUUACUCCAGUAACUGGAGGAGCUGUUGUCACUACUAACCUCACUCAAGUACAGACCCAGGCUCGGGCCAUAGUAACCCAGGUGACAACAGCCACCACUGGAGGUGUCCACGGAACUAGUAAAACUUUAACCCCAGCCCAGCUGCAAAUCUUCAGGAGUCAGCAAGCAAGUCAAAUGCAGGUUCCCCAAAUCCAGGCACAGGCGUCAGGUCAAAUAAAGGCUGUUACCAAGGUGUCCCAGGAGCAGUUAUUAAAGUUGCAGAAACAGAAGCUGCAGCAGGUGGCACAGACUGGAACCCUGGCUGGCACAACAGUACAGGUUCAACCUCCACAAACUCAGCAGCUUGCUACAGUUACUGCUUCCCGUGCUGGAGCGGUCCUUGCUAGUACUACUAUGACCAAUCUGCAGGUGGCCCGGCUGUUGCAGGCCCAAAGUCAGAUCCAAGCACAGUCAGGACAGACUGCACAAGUUGCCCUUGCAAAGCCGCCAGUUAUGUCAGCUGUCGUCUCACCAGGGGGAGUUACCACUUUACCAGUUACAGUAGCAGGAAUCAGCGUUUCCAUAAACCAGCCCCACAAGGCAGCAGGAGGUCAGACAGUUGUUGCACAACCAUUACAUAUGCAGCAAGUGCUGAAAGUGAAGCAUCCUUCCCAACAACAACAGAAAGUUCUCCAGUCACAACCUCCACUGGGGCAGCAGAAGCCUUACCUUUCCCUCCAGAUAACGACACCCCAAGUAUCCACUGCAUCCCAGCAGCAAAAGGUCACCUAUGCCACCCAACCAGGGAUUAAAACUCAGUUCUUAACCACUUCCUUAAGUCAGGCACAAAAGGCUGUUGGGACUCAGCAAGUGCAAGCACAGAUACAGGUUGCAAAAAUUCCUCAAGUGGUCCAACAGCAAGCAGCAAUUGCCACACUGCAGCAAGUUGUGUCUGCUUCACAGCAGGUCCAGCCACAAACAGUGACACUGACCCAGGCAACAGCCCCAGGACAACCACAGGUUCAGAUGAUACAAGCCCAUGUAGUGCAACAGAAGCUACUAAAACAACAAGUAAUUGCAGCGGCGGCAUCACCACAGAUCCAGGCAGCAGAUGGUCAAAAUUCAGCACAGGGUCUGAUCACAGCAGAUCCUCAGAGCCAGCUGACAAAGUUGCAAGUACGAACCCCAACUGUCCGGAUCAAAGCUCCCACUAAACCCAGUUGAGAAGCAAGUGGGACAAAUUUGAAUCAAGAAGUCUUGUAUUUGUUAAAGCCUUUGUGCCUGAGGGGCAUUUGAACAGUACUGUAGGACCAUUCUAAAUCAAGGGGAGCAAGUGAGUGCCAGGAGAAAUAUUCUUUACUGCAGGGAAAUACUUCCAUCCUCAUCCAAGAGUAAAUCAACUUGAGCGCCUACAUUUUCGGUUGAUUCAUAUCUUAAUUGCUAACAGCUAGCCAUUAUCAUCUUGACAAAUCUUUCAUUAUUUCAGAGUAUCUUGAGCUCAGGAUUCCAUUUGUCUGGCUUACUAGAGAAGAAAUAAGCUUGAACUUUCAGGACAUUCAGCUGGUUGAAGAGCGUAUGGAUACUGUAGGCAGCGUAAACAAUGCUAAUUUAUUUACUUGACUGAUAAAUCAGGUGUAUACUAUCCAUAGUAGCAUAAAUCAUUAUCUUAUGUGAAGGAUCUGAUCAAUGCUACUGUUGCACAAAUUUAUUGCGUAUCUAUAUUGGGCUAUUGUAGGCAUGCUUCCUUAAAGUGUUCAGAGAUGGCAUGCUACACAAAAUUUUAGCUUACUAAGGGGAAAAAGCCAUAACUGGAAUAACAGGUUUCACAUCUGUGGCCUUGUAAAGGUGUAUAUGCCAAUCUAUGUACCACUACUCCUGGAAACUUUGCCAUUUUAGAGGCCAUUAUUAAGAAACUGCUUUUUGAUUCAGGUUAAAAGGACAAUACAAGGCAGUCAGUCUUUGUUAUUUUUUUAUAAAACCAUGAACAAUUUUGCGAGUAGAGUAUUUUAAAAUAAAAAUCAAAGCAGAAAUAUAGCUAAAUAAACAAAUUAGGUAUAUAUCCUUUAUCUGCUGCAAGGGGACACAGCUUUUUUUUUAUAUACAGUAAACAUCUUAGCUGAAUUUCAGCAGAAUAAGAACCAUGAUUUGUUAUUGGGUGGAGAGUUGUACCAGUAUUCUUGAAUAUUUGUUGUAGUUGUAACAGCAUUUUGUUGUAUUUUGACAUGUACAGAAUAUAUGCUUUUAAGAUAAAAACCUAUUUCCUCCCCUUAAUGUUUUUGCUUACCACUAUAUCAAAGAAUGUUCGGUUACAUUGUUGUGUCCAGGGUAAUCUGAGUUAAUGCUAUGUGCAGGCAUUACCUUCAGAGUUGGAGGAUUUUGUUUGCACAAUAAUAAGUUAAUUUUCAAGAAACCAUCAGGUAUAAGACAGGGCUGUGUAAAAGGGCCCAAGGCUCGCACAAAGCAAUUUUGUACCCUUCCAAAGAACUAAGAUGCAGAAAUUAAAAAUGAAACUUUCUGUUUAAAAAAAAUGUUAAUAUUUUUUUUUCCCGAAUUUAUUUCCCAAAAAUGUUUUGUAAAAUGUUUAGUUUUGUUUUUAUAAAAUAUAUUGUCUUGUUAAUUAUAAAGUACAACUAAAUCAAA